AUGACGCCUACCCCACCGCUGUUCCUGCUGCUGCUUGGCCUAAUAGGAGCUCAUGCCACUGUGGACCUCCGCACAGCCGCCGCCAUGGCGGCAGGUUUGUGCAAAACCCGUCCCACAGACCUCAUCUUCAUCAUUGACAGCAGUCGAAGCGUUCGUCCUUCAGAGUUUGAGCAAGUCAAGGUCUUCCUGGCUAAGGUCAUUGAGGGGCUAGAUGUUGGACCCAACGCCACCCGCGUGGGAGUUGUAAACUACGCCAGCCGCGUAAAGAACGAGGUGUCUCUUAAGACUCAUCGCACCAAAGCUGGACUAGUUAAGGCUGUGACCAAGAUCGAGCCCCUGUCCACUGGAACAAUGACUGGUCUGGCCAUCCAGUUUGCCCUGAAUGUGGCCUUUAGCGAGGGUGAGGGCGCUCGUGUCAAAUCUCCUGAUAUCAGCAAGGUUGCCAUUAUUGUGACAGACGGGCGUCCCCAGGACAAUGUGAAAGAUAUAGCUCUGCGUGCACGAGAAGCCGGCAUCGAGAUUUUUGCCAUCGGUGUGGGACGUGUGGACAUGAGCACUCUGAAGCAGAUGGCCAGCGAUCCUCUGGACGACCACGUGGACUACGUGGAGAGCUACAGCGUCAUUGAGAAGCUCACCAAGAAGUUCCAAGAGGCCUUCUGUGUGUCGGACCUGUGUGCCACUGGGGAUCAUGACUGUGAGCAGGUAUGCAUCAGCAGCCCUGGAUCAUACAAGUGUGCCUGCAAAGAUGGCUUUACCCUCAUGGACGAUGGUCGCAGCUGCAGUGCUUGCAGCAACUCUGCGACAGAUGUGGUGUUCCUGAUCGAUGGCUCUAAGAGCGUUCGUCCUGAGAACUUUGAGCUGGUCAAGAAGUGGAUCAACCAGAUCAUCGACAAACUGGAUGUUUCUGACAACAAGGCUCAUGUUGGACUGGUGCAGUACUCCAGCUCAGUCAGACAGGAGUUUCCCCUGGGCCGCUUCAACAACAAGAAAGACCUGAAGGAUGCUGUCAAGAAGAUGGCCUACAUGGAGAGGGGAACCAUGACAGGUCAGGCCCUCCGUUAUCUGUUAGAUAACAGCUUCAACGCGGGUCAGGGCGCCCGGCCUGGAGUCGCCAAGGUGGGCAUCGUCUUCACUGACGGACGCAGCCAAGACUACAUCGGAGACGCCGCCAGGAAGGCCAAGGAAAAUGGCUUUAAGAUGUAUGCUGUUGGAGUGGGCAAUGCAGUGGAGGAUGAAUUGAAAGAGAUUGCUUCCGAGCCAACUGGAGAGCACUACUUCUAUACCGCUGACUUCAAGGCUAUGACCCAGAUCGCCAAGAAGCUGCAGAUUAACAUCUGCCAAGAGGAGGACCCUUGUGAGUGCGACUCCCUUGUUAAGUUCCAAAAGAAAGUAGAAGACGCCCUACAGGCACUAACAAAAAAAUUAGAGAGUAUGUCGAAGAGGAUCGCCUUGCUGGAGAACAAAAUCGUCUGA